GAAUGUCGAAGCUCGGGCGUGUUUCGGGAGCUCGCACGAACCCAUCGACCAGAAGAUGCCAUUUCGCCAUCAUCGCUCACGCGGCGCCCAUGGCUCGCACGCUCCAUCGCUCGGCCAUCAUUCGGCCGUACGGAUGCCUCUCGCCUUCCGUAUGCAGAAAAUCGUUUAGACUUGAUUUCGGCGGCCCGAUCGUCCCACAUUCAGCGCAUGCAGCAGAAGCAGCAGCGAGCAGGGAUCGAAUUCAGUCCAGCCUCGGGCUUCUUGCAUGGGUUUCACGGUGCUCGCUAUGACUGCUGUCGCAGGUCUUCUCAUCCACAAGGCGACCGAUCUGUCGUGCUCCCUUUUUCCUUGAGAUUUGUUUGUGCGCUGUUUAGGGUUCACGAUUGCCAUCGUCCGUGAUGCGCUCGAGCAGGAGGACCUGAGCUCGAUCGACGAGGAUCCAGACGGACGCGCGCGAGUGAGCGAGAGCUGAACGUGCCGCCCCGACUAGCGGAAGUUGCAGCUGUUGUGCCCAACCCUUCUAUCCGAGUCAGGUUCGGUCGAAUCUUAUCGAGGUGAAUAAGUAAACGGGACGUCCUGCGUCAUGAAGAAGAGGGAAUUGCGCUCACUGGUUGCAGCUCGUGAAACGAAGUCCCCGAUGAAGACGAGGUUGAGCAGCGGGUCUCCCACCAGCGUUCUGCCGUCGCAACAGAGUGCAGGGCGGCGAAGAAACACGCCGAAGAAAUUAAUCCCGGAGAAUGGCGUGGACAGUGGUGCGAAGAAGUUGACAAAGACAACAGUAGAUUCUUACAAGAUCCCAGGCUCGCGCAAUGUGGUGAAGGUAGGUGACUGCGUGCUGAUCCGUGCUCCGCAGAGAGUAGAGAGUCCAUACGUUGCUAGGAUUGAGAAGAUUGAGCAGAUUCCAGCCAGCGAUAAAGUGAAGACCGUGGUGAAACUCCGCUGGUUCUACCAUCCCGAGGAAACCGUUUGUGGACGUAGGCCAUUUCACGGGGAGCAGGAGCUGUGCAAGUCUGAUCAUUUUGACUCACAGGAUGCAGAUUGCAUCCAAGGGAAGUGCAAGGUGUACACUUUCGAGGACUACUGUAUGCUGAAGGAAGUGGACAAGCAUGACUACUUCUGGAGGUUUGAAUACCAGGCGGCCUCGCAAACGCUCUCGCCAGACAGUGUGGAUGUCUACUGCAUAUGCGAAAUGCCAUAUAAUCCCGAUCACUUCAUGGUCCAGUGCGAGAUGUGCAGCGACUGGUUCCACCCGUCGUGUGUCAAGCUGAGCCAAGAGCAGGUGGCCACCAUGGAGGCAUAUGUGUGUCUACGAUGUUCUCGCUGAUUCCCGUUGGCAUGGGAGCUGGUGGUCCAAAUAGUUAUUUUGAGUCGUACCAUGUACAAGUCGACAUUUCUACUUGUACAUGCAAAAUCUUCCAGGCCUCUACUAGAAUUUUGGUGGAUAGUCUUUCUCGUCUUUAGAGUUCAGGAAGCAUCUAUGACGAGUCAAAGAUGCGUCAAGGCAAUUGGACCUUAGUUUGAUAAAUUGUCUUAGAAACUGAAUUGAGCUUAUCAUCGUGUCGGAUAAGCUUAUGAAUCGAACUUGCCAAUGAGUUCAGCACUGCUUGUUGGUCGUCUGCACAAGACAAUUUUUUUGGAUCGAUGCUUUUGCUUAUGGCGAGUAUGUAGAAAUUAUGCUUCUGAAAAUACCAUUGUCUUCAAUCAGAAGAAUUGAAGUUGUAUAGGACCAGCUUCACUUAUUUGAAUUGUCUAUUUUUC